AGCCGAAGCAUUCUUCGCGCAAAGCACAAAAUAAUUACAAUUGCGAAAAGAAAGGUCUGAGAAAUGGCUGCAUAGCUCGUCUCGGAGGAGGACAACAACCGCCGACGGACAGAUCGUGUUCGUGUCCUUGCUACAGAUCGAGCAUGAAAAUGAAGUGUCCGACUGUCUGUCCGUUGGUCUGCUUUCUGUGGCUGACACUGCUGCUGACCGAAACGAACGCAGGGUCAAAGCGCCUGAGCGAAUGGGUUUCCCACUACGAGCCGCUCACCUAUGACUCGGACAGCUUGCACCGAUCUCAUCAGCGAGCCAAGCGCUCAGUCACCGAAGAUGCUGCUGUUCACCUGCAUUUUCGAGCCCACAGCCGUGCAUUUAGUCUACGACUCAAACGAGACUUGGAUACAUUCUCAGACGGACUUGAGGUCGUCAGCCAUGACGGGGAAACCCUGGAUGUAGAUACUUCACACAUUUACCAUGGACAUAUAUUAGGUGAGCCAGAAAGCUAUGUCUUUGGCUCCAUCAUAGAUGGGGUAUUUGAAGGCAAAAUCCACUCUCCACACAAUGGAGGCUACUUUGUUGAAAAGUCGACCAAAUACUUUCCAAACCAAACAUUCCACUCGGUGAUCUACCACGAAAAUGACGUCAGUGAUCCCCAUGCCUCCAAAAGAGAUGGCUAUUUGGGUGGCUGUGGACACACUGAUGAAAUCAGCCAGUGGAUGGAGCGGGUGCAGAAUUCUGCUGUUGACGAAGAGGAUUUGCCUCCAUUUGUCCCCAAUCCUAAAAAAGAAGACUCAAAGCCUGGGAAACAGGCCUCCAAGUCUGGAAAGGUGCAUAUGCGAGACGAAGAUCCUCGCAGGAAGUACACAAGGGAAGCCAACGAGGGGAGUCACCGCGCUAAGAGGGCUGCCCGUCUUCGAGAAGAAAAUCGAAACACUUGUUCUCUUUUCAUACAGACUGAUCCUCUCAUUUGGAAGCACAUUGCUAUGCAACAAAUGAGUCAAGAUCCUGAUAAGAUCCGUGAGGAGAUUCUUUCUCUUAUCGCUCAACAUGUGCAUGCUGUCAACUUCAUUUAUCGCGAUACAAAGUUUGAUGGAAGGAUUGAACAUAGAAAUAUUAAAUUUGAGGUGCAACGGAUCAAGAUUGACAACGACUCGUCAUGCCAACAUGGCUCCCAUUUGAACUCAUUCUGCAUGGAAAACAUUGAUGUCAGCAAUUUCUUGAACCUGCAUUCGCUUGGUAACCAUGAAGACUUCUGCUUGGCUUAUGUCUUCACCUACAGAGACUUCACUGGCGGAACCUUAGGCUUGGCUUGGGUUGCUUCAGCAUCAGGAGCAUCUGGAGGAAUUUGCGAAAAGUACAAGACCUAUACUGAGACUGUGGCAGGAAUUUACCAGUCAACAAAGAGAAGUUUGAACACUGGCAUCAUCACUUUUGUCAACUACAACAGCAGAGUUCCACCUAAAGUGUCGCAGUUAACGCUUGCCCACGAGAUUGGCCAUAAUUUCGGCUCACCUCAUGACUAUCCGUCUGAAUGUCGGCCUGGAGGUGACAAAGGUAACUUCAUAAUGUUUGCGUCGGCGACGAGUGGAGACCGGCCAAACAAUAGCAAGUUUUCGCCGUGCAGCGUCGGCAAUAUUAGCAACGUGUUAGACGCGAUUGGCGAUAGCAAGAAACGCAACUGCUUCUCCACGUCUGCUGGUGCUUUCUGCGGCAACAAAAUCGUUGAGGCAGACGAAGAGUGCGAUUGUGGCUUUAAUGAUGACGAGUGCAAGGACAAGUGCUGCUACCCUAGGGUUGUUUCUGACGAGGACAAGAUGAAAAAUAACUCUGCGCUUGGCUGCCGUAGGAGAACUAGAACUCAGUGCUCGCCUAGUCAAGGGCCAUGCUGCGACGGAAGCAAGUGCACUUUUGUGCAUGCCAGGGAGAACUUGAUGUGCCGAGCUGCCAGCGACUGUUCAUUCAACUCGACAUGCGACGGCCGAUCGCCUGAGUGUCCAAAUCCAAGAGCCAAGGAUGACAAGACGCGGUGCAACGAGGGCACGCAGCUGUGUAUUAAAGGCGAGUGCACCGGCUCCAUCUGCCUCGAGUGGAACAUGCAAGAGUGCUUCCUCACGUCCGGCCAGUCGUCUGUGGUGGACAAAAGGCGGUUGUGCGAGCUCGCCUGUAAGAACGGCACGGAGGAGUCGUGCAGGUCAACCAGCGAGUUCGCCUCUUACGUUGGCCUGCCUAAGGGUGGCAUCAGUCUGAGGCCUGGUUCGCCUUGCGACAACUAUCAGGGCUACUGCGAUGUGUUCCUCAAGUGCAGAGCUGUGGACGCUGAAGGGCCCUUGGCUCGGCUCAAGAAUAUGCUGUUCAACAGGGAGACUCUGCAGUCCGUGGCUCAGUGGGUGACCGAGUACUGGUGGGCCGUCCUGCUGAUGGGCAUCGCGUUCGUCGUCGUGAUGGGCUGCUUCAUCAAGUGCUGCGCUGUGCACACGCCAUCGUCCAACCCGAAGAAGCAACCGGCCCGGCGGCUCAGCGAGACCUUGCGGCACCCGAUGCACACGCUGCGUCGCAUGCGGGGUCCCGGCGGCGCCUCGCGGGCUCCUCCCCGCGGUAGCGGCAGUGGCCAGCGGGGCCCGGCCCGCGGUUACGGCGAGGGCCGAGGCCAGUACUACGUGCCCAAGGGCUCAGCCGGUACCCGUUCGUCGGGCAGCCACGAGCCGUACGCUGGCGCCUACGGUGGCCGAUCGUCUUCAAAUAGCCAAAUGGGAAGAAACUCGUUCGAGAUGCACAACCACAAAGUGUGAGAUGAAUGGACCACUGAUCUCGAUGGAUUUUUUUUAAGAAAAUGUAACAAACUUGAACCGUACACCCCCGAAACCAAAAAUCAAGGAGUAUUUCCAUAAUAUAAUUAUUUUAAUAAUGACGAGAUACUCACUCAUUAGUACCUAAUACGCAUCACUACGUCUUUUCUUGCAAGAUGGAGCUGAUGAUGGUCUGAUUUGGUUUGAGAGGAAUUCAACGGCAUUUAGCAUUCUCAUCUUGGAGGUCAUUCUAAACAAAUUUUUGCUGCAAACCUAUUUUUCGAGGAAGAACAAAUAUGCAUUUUCAAAGUGACAAUAAUGUGCAAAAUUUCCCGCCUAAAUGGAAUCGUCGGUAUUCAUUUUCUUAAAUCGCAACAGACUUCGUCAGCUCCAAGAAUCAGCAACAGUCUCUUGUUAAAUAUUCAGAACUGGCUGUUUUUCAAGUUUGAGUUUUUGUUACGUGAUUCCAAGUGAAAUUGUGGAGUGAAUGUGACCCGUUUAUUAUGUCGGGGUUGAAAACCUCAACUAAGGUGCAAAUAUUUUCACUCGAAUUGGCCAAUGGACAAACUUCUUAGCGUUGGCACUGAUCAAUCGCAUCUCUCAUUGGUUGGGACCAAUGCUUCCCAUGACCGCCGACCCAACUGCAGUCGUCGCUCAAGUGAUCGUCGCAUUAACUAUUAUUAGUGUACAUUGAUUAUUGCAUUUUACCACUAAACUUACUCUUGCAAAAAAUCAUUUCGGGUCUGAACAUGAUGGAACUUGAUAUUGGAAAUAGAUUUACUCUUAAGUGUUGUGUACAUUCACAAAUAUUUGGUGCCAAAACGUACUGAAUAUAUCUUAUUUUACACUUAGUUUGUGUAAGUUUCACUCAAGAGCGACAAUAUCUUGUUAGAAUAUUAAUAUAAAUUGAUAUUAAUUAUUGAUUUAUUAGUCUCUUGUUCAGGCCCUUUCAAAGAGUUGUCCGCACAUCGCUGUUCUUUUUGACUGAUGCUGCGCUACGUGUACGAAAAUGUUCAAUUGCAAAACCAAUCCACGGGGAUAGAUGGCGAGAAGUGUAAAUUUAUACGAAUUCGGGCGAGUAAUCAUAUAUUAUUAUCAUGGAUGUAUGUGUGUUGAUUCCAAAAUAAAAACUUUUCCAUGUCGCAAAAUA